UCAAACUACCACAUCGUCUUUUGUGAAUUCACCACGCCUUUGACCUGUGAUAGAUGUUUUUAAUUUUAUUUUCAUAAUUGAAAACUUUUGGAGGAGGCGGGAGAUUAAAAAUUUGGAGGGCUGCCAAAAUUUUGGCAUAGCGCCCAAAAUCUCUAACUCCCUAUUUUCAAAGAGAUCGCGUUAGCUCUCCCUCCUCAUUUUCAUUUCUCUCUCGCAACUUCUCUGCCUUUCCUCUUCAGAAAUUUCCAAACGCCUCCACCAAGUGUUCUGGAUAUGAAAAUCCAUACGAGAAUUCUCUGAAAUUCGAUGACGGCGGUGGCUCCGGCGGCUCCUAUUUAGAUGAUAGGUAUGGGGGAUACAACCGAAGCCGAUCCGAUUUGGGUUCGGAUCCAUAUGGGAAGUGGUAUGAUGCAGGUCCCGAUGCGGGUAGGGCGACGGUGUUUAUGCUUACGGAGGUGAUAAUUCUAUUCCGGCAAUGGCUAAUAAUCUCGCUCCAGUUCUGGACAAAAAAUUGGUUUUGCAUGAAGAUUCUAAAGAUGCAUCCUCCCAUAAAAAAGGAGGGUCACAAGAUGACAAGUCCCUGGUUGUUUGCUUUGGGGAAAUGCUAAUUGACUUUGUGCCCACUGUUGGUGGAGUUUCACUUGCUGAAGCACUUGCUUUUAAGAAAGCUCCUAGUGGUGCUCCUGCUAAUGUCGCUGUUGGAGUCGCAAGACUGGGUGGUUCAGCAGGUUUCAUAGGCAAGACAUGUAUUCGAACAAUGUUUUCUCUCAUAUCCCCUUGACACCGUUACAAGAUGUGAUAAAACCGACUCAUCUACCUUUGCCUUUUGGUCAAAGAGCUCUGUGGAUAUUGAGCCAAUGCGUAUUAGAUUACAGUCAAAUAGUUACACUACCAACACCUUUUUGGAUACAGUGACUGCUGCAACUAUACAGGUUGGAAAUUACUGAGAUGUAUAAACAUUGAUACUUGUUUUGAGAUGUAUAUGAUGCUUUUGUUCUAUGUGAAAAUUACUGAAGGUCGGCUGGAUUAAUCAUUUUGUUAUCAACGCCUGUUUGGCCUUCUUUCUUAUUUCGUUACUGCUGUUAUUAGGUCCCCGAUGAGGCAGUUACAAAAUGCACGGCCUAUGGGUGAGAUUUUGGGGCUUUAUAGAUCUCAGGGAGGCAGUAUAGAUCUUCUGUUGUUUAUGUAUUCAUUAGGCACUACAUGGAUGGUACUUUAUGACUUCCAUUGUUUAUGUAUUCAUUUGGAAACUCAA